CGGGGCAGAUUCACGAGCUGAGAGCUCCGACGAUGGCGAGAAGUGUGAGGCCGCAGAGGCUAUCGUACACGAACGCUGUAGUUGGCAUAUGCGCGGCUGGCACAGAUGGCGGGAUUCAUGGAGGGGAGGAGGAGAUGGUGGACAAGGGCAGUGCGCCUUUGGAUGUUGACGCAACACAUGUUGACGAGGAGGGAGCAACGGUCCACGCAGGUCACAAUGCCCCGUCGCUGCAAGAUGGCGAGACCGGAGGGCACGUUGAGCAGGAGGGAGCGACCGUCGAUAUGUCCUUGCGAUUAUUGUUAGGCCCCUGUCGGUGCGAGAUGUCGAGAUUGGAGAACAUAUUGACUCUUGACUUGGGACGCCCGGUCUCUUUCUCUGCAGGUGGGUAUUCCGGGGAGAUGCCUCGGUGGGAUGGCGGGGAACUGGGGGAGUGGACACCGACCCCUUUACAUCCAGAGCAGCUGGAGAGGUUGGGGACGGAGGACCCUUUCCCGUUCACCGAUGGACAGCCGUCGCCUCCCGCAUGGACACCAGUGAGCCCUAGGUGGACUGGAUCAUCGUUGUCCGACAUCCGCGAGCGGGAGUCCGUGGACAGACAGGCGACAGUGUUUUCAGGCGGGGUUGCCAGCAGCCAUGUGCAGACACCGCUAAGCCCUUUACCUCGAGCAUUGCAUCAGGGACUGGCGCUGGCCACAGGUCUUCCAUCGACUGGUGGUCGAGGCAGCGGGCGGGGACUUCUUCAAGUCAUCGAGGUGGCGUUUUUGGGCAAUGGUCGUCUUGCAGGCGAGUGACGGACCGUUUGAGGAGGGACUACGAUAGAGGACAGGGGCUGUUCACACGAGACC